CCCUGGCGCUAAGUUAACUUCAAUCUCAUAUUUCUGGUUUGGUUUGAACCGGAGCCCGAACCAUAAACAUCAUCUCACCGGCGGGAUUCUUUUUCUGUGUGUGAAUUUGAUGGAAAUCGCCGGCAACCGGAGCCACAGCUCUCAUCCAAAGCGGAAGCGCGACGACAUAGCCACCAAUGGAGCUGACCAUAUCGACUUGGCUCUCCUCGAAGCCGUCGAGAAGUCCCAAAAGGUAGUCGAAGUAUUGGACCUUCGAACAGUGAAGAAGCUCUCUCUCUCGUUCGAACGCCGUCUCAGAGACAACACCGAAGCUCGCCUCAAGUAUCCUGACCAGCCUGAGCGCUUUGCUGAUUCUGAAGUCGAGCUCCACGACGAGAUUCAGAAGCUCAAAGUGCUCGCCGCCGGUCCCGAGCUAUACCCUGAUAUCGUCAAACUUGGUGUAGUUUCGUCCGUUGUUGACCUCCUUUCGCAUAGUAACACUGAUAUUGCUAUUGAUGCGGUCCAAUUGAUCCAGGAUUUGACUGACGAGGAUGUUCUUGAGGAUAACGAUGAACCUGCUCGCGUGUUGGUCGAUGCGCUGAUUGAGAAUAAUGUUCUUGAUCUGUUGGUUCAGAACUUGCAUCGAUUAUCGGAGACGGACCCGGACGAGAUGAGUGCCGUUUACAAUACCCUAGCGACCAUUGAGAACUUGAUUGAAGUGAAACCGGUAGUUGCCGAGUUGGUCUGUGAGCGCACAAAACUAAUGAAGUGGUUACUUGGGAAGAUUAAGGUGAGGGAUUUUGAUAGCAAUAAGCAGUAUGCAUCGGAGAUACUGGCGAUACUUUUGCAGAACAGUACGGUGAAUCAGCGAAGGCUUGGACAGAUGAAUGGGGUCGAUGUUGUUCUUCAAGCGGUUGCAAUGUACAAGUCCAAGGACCCCAAGAGCCCUGAUGAGGCUGAGAUGGUGGAAAAUUUGUUUGAUUCUUUGUGUUGUUUGUUGAUGCCACUGGAGAACAAGGAAAGGUUUGUGAAAGCUGAGGGUGUGGAAUUGAUGAUAAUUAUUAUGAAACAGAAGAAAUCCGCCUAUGGGUCAGCUAUAAGGGCUCUUGAUUUUGCCAUGACAAAUUACCCGCCUGCUUGUGAACGAUUUGUUGAUGUUUUGGGGUUAAAGACGGCCUUUGCUGCCUUUAUGGGUAAGAUCCCUUUGAAUAAGAAAAACAAGAAAGAGCGUUAUCAAGAGGAGUUGGAAGAACGUAUCGUGUCUCUUAUUGCAUCAUUAUUUGGUGGUAUUUUGAGGGGUACCAGAAAGGAAAGGUUGUUGAGUAAAUUUGUUGAAAAUGAGUGUGAAAAGAUAGAUCGGCUGAUGGAACUCUACUUAAGAUAUUCUGAUAGAGUUAAAGUGGAGAUGGAGCGGCUAAGCGAGAUUGAACUCGAUGAUUUAGAGAUGGAUGAAGAGGAAAAGUACAACCGCAAAUUAGAGUCUGGACUUUAUACCCUUCAGUUGAUUGCUGUUAUUUUGGGACAUCUAUGGUGCUCCGAACACUCUCAAAUGAGAGCAAGAAUUGAAUUAUUGCUCAAGCAACAAAAACUUACUAGGCAGGACAUCAAGAACAUUCUUCAGGAGUAUCACAACAAUAUCGGAGAUCUCGAUGGACCAGAAGAGAAAGAGCGAACGCAGGGGAAAAUUCAGAAGUUCAUCUCAGCUCUUUGAUGGUUCACUUACCCUUCUUUUCUUUGUUUAGCUAGUUUUUAGGACACUGUAUUUGCAUACGAAAACUUUUCUCUCGUUUUAAAAGUCUUUAAUAGAUCUAUAAACUUUUAAUUUUACGUACGAUAGGUUUUGAGCUUUUUUGUAGUCUUUAUGAAAGUUUCUUAUUGAUCUCUAAACUUUUAGAUUUAUGUA